UCCAAAUGGGACGCACAGUCACGUCUCCGCCCUGAUAUGUCUCUGCGCGCCCUGCGUCUUCCCAGUGAAUUUCAUCGGUUAAAAUGUUUUUCUGGAGCAGCGGAGGAGACUCCGACAGGGAAAGGACGGCAAGAAGUGAAUGACUACUAGUGGAAUAAGUCAGCAACACCGCCCAAUUGGCGGACAUUCACCACUGUGGGCGCAUAUUCAGGCUUUUAAAUGUAGACGCUGUAGGUAUAACCAAGUGCGCACCGUUAUUUAUUUAGAGUGGGGGACUUUUCAUUGGCAGAGAUGGAAAGUGUGCAGGCUGUCGCUGAGGAUGGAGGCUCGACCAAGUUAAUGAAGAAGCCCAGCGGACCGUCUGCCGCCCGGGGGAGUCCAGCGGACGAUGGCGGUGGACAUUUGGCACCCUCCCGCGUAGAUGCAAAGAACGGGAACGGUGUUUCUCAUGCUGCUUCCACGGCUGGAUCCAGUGCGUCAAACCGAACUGUGGCGUCUAAUGGCCGGAGCUCAUCCAGCAACUCCAGCUCCCUCCUGUUGAGACGGAGGCGCUUGAAGAGGAACCUCUCCGCCGCAGCUGCAGCCACCACCACCACCACCUCCUCAGCUGUCACCGGCGCCAAGAUGAACUCGGCCCUCUCCUCUGCGUCUUUACACACUCGGAGUCUGGAUCGGAAGACUCUGCUGAAGCACCGGCAGAACAUGCAGCUGCAGCCCGCAGAUCGCGAGUGGGUUCGAGCCGAUCUCCACCGGGGCUCCAUACAUGUCCACGACAGACUGACGCCCUCAUAUCCCAGGCCGGUCCUUUGCACUAUGGACACCACAGCCGGCGAGGUGGCGCUCCGUCUGAGUAAACUCUGCAGUAAGUCCAGCUCUGUUAUGCGCAUUUUUAGUAAAGACAACAUCAAGACUGACCAAAAUGGCAAUUGCAAUGUUAAGUAUGAAUAUAAUGAUGAUCCAUGCAAAGUCAAUGAAGACUCAAGUAUAAAAUGCAACCACCUGACUCCACUGGAGUCUACAGAAUUGAGGGGUCGCCCGAGUGACAGGUUAAGACUGCUGCUUAUGGAGAAUGCAGAUGAGCAACAGGACGUUGAUGGAAAACUUUUCACCCCAGAGUCAGAGUCACAAGACAACAUUACGUGCUCACUGUCAGAUUUAAAUUCUAAUUCUAACAUGGAUAACCCCAACGAUGAUGACUCAGAGCACAGGAACGGUGUGGACAGCUAUGGAUUAAAUUCUGGCUCAGAUGUGGAGAGUAGUGCAUUUGAUGACCUGAGUUCCGGGGCCCGGCUCAGCGAGCACCGGGACUCCCUCAGUGAUGACAUGAUUCUGGGCACAGAUGCAUCCAUCCUCAGUCCCUCGUUUGAUAGUGCCACAGAGGGCCAUGACAUGUACGGCAGCUCCUCAGACGAACUGGAGCUCGACUGUCCUGCGUCGAGCACAAGCAUGGACCACAUCUCCCAACAUCAUACAAAUGGUGUGACCGGCAACUAUAAGCAGUGCAACAUCGCACAUUUAAACGACAUUGCCAACAAUAUGGGGCAAGAUAGCAGACUCAACCCCCACAGUCUGGGCAGCCUGCCACCCAGCAGCAGUGCAGGCUCAUUGUCCAGAGCCUGUUCUACAGGUAAUACACCUGACAUCCAAGAUCCCGACUGUGGCCAAGUUGCUGUAAAAUCAGGGAUGACAGCAGAUUACAAUGGAGAUUCCUGUGAGUCCGGCCCCACACUGUAUGUCCAGUUGCAUGGUGAGGCUGUCAGGAGGCUUAGCCCAGAUGAGAGGCCUCUGCAGAUCCAGAAUGACUUUCUCUUUAAGCUUGGAUUUAAGGACCCCUGGAGAGUUCAAGAAGAAGGGCUUAACACAGAAAUUGGCUCCUUGUUGCGUUUCUAUGCAGGGAAGCCUCAAAGCAUUGAGAGCUCAGAGCGGGUCCAACUGUCAGGUACAUACAACGUUCGGAAAGGGAAGCUCCAGCUGCCAGUCAACCGCUGGACCAGACGGCAGGUCAUCCUGUGCGGCACCUGCCUCAUUGUCUCCUCUGUCAAGGAGAGCCAGACGGGGAAGAUGCACAUCCUGCCGCUCAUUGGAGGAAAAGUGGAGGAGGUGAAGAAGCACAAUCACUGCUUGGCCUUCAGCUCAGCAGGGCCUCAGAGUCAAACCUACUACGUCAGCUUUGACAGCUUCACAGAACACCUGCGCUGGCACAGACACGCUGCCAAGAUGGUGUCCCAGAGGAUCAACUCAGUAGAUCUGUCCUGCUGCAGUUUGGAGCAACUUCCUCCCAACCUCUACUACAGCCAUGACCUCACCCAUCUCAACCUCAAACACAACUUUCUGCCCACAGACCAGCGGCUGCAGCAGCUGCAAAGGUUUUCUCGUCUGCGGAGCCUCAACUUGUCCAACAACCACCUUGGUCAGUUCCCUCUGGCCAUCUGCGACAUCCCCACCCUUACUGAAGUCAACCUCAGCUGUAACUACCUGGCCUCUGUCCCCAGCUCUGUGGGAGCCAUGACAAAUUUGCAGACAUUUCUGUUGGAUGGCAACAGCCUGGAUGAGCUGCCCAAUGAGCUGGGUUCGCUCCAGCGGCUGAGCUACUUAGGCCUUUCCUUCAACCUGUUCAGCCACGUGCCUCAGGUGCUGGAGCGGUUGGCUUCCAUGGAGAAGCUGUGCAUGGCUGGAAACAACCUAGACACCCUCGUCUUGCAGAAUUUCAGACUCCUCCGUGUCAAACACAUUGAUCUAAGGUUGAAUAAGAUCUCCAGCAUGGUGCCAGAUGAGCCUGACCUGCUAAGGCACGUGACCCAGCUGGACGUGAGGGAUAACAGGCUGAUGGAACUGGAUGCCUCAGUAUUCCCCAGGCUGGAGGUGCUUCACUGCGAGAGGAACCGCAUCACCAGCCUCAAAGCCAAGGGAUGCUUGCUCAAAGGCAUCUACGCCUCCAACAACGAGCUACGACAACUGGAUGUCAGUCCUGUACCCUCCAAUCUUAGUUACAUGGAUAUCUCGAGGAACCAUAUGGAGUCUAUGCCAGAAUGGCUGUGUGAAGCAAAGAAACUGGAAGUUUUGGACGUCAGCCACAACCUCAUCACUGAGCUCCCAGCACGGUUGUUAUGCAGCAACAGUCUGAGGAAGCUGAGUGCAGGACAUAACCAGUUGCAGAAACUGCCUGAGAGAGUGGAGCGCCCUCUGCUGGAGGUUUUAGACGUACAGCACAAUCAACUCGUGGAGCUGCCCUGCAACUUGUUCCUCAAAUCUGACAGCUUACGAUGCGUAAAUGCAUCAGCCAAUAAGCUGGAGCACCUGCCUCCUUCCACCAUAUCGGAGGAGAGUCACAGCAUCCUGCAGGAACUCUACCUGACCAAUAACCGGCUGACAGACAAGUGUGUACCCAUGUUAACAGGCCACACACACCUUCGAGUUCUGCACAUGGCGUACAACCAUCUCCAGACCUUCCCAGCCAGUAAAAUGGCCAAGUUGGAAGAGCUGGAGGAGGUGGACCUGAGUGGAAACAUGCUGAAGACUGUACCCACAACCAUCAUGAACUGCAGACGGAUGCACACGCUGAUCGGCCACUCCAACGCCAUCGAGGUCUUUCCCGAGGUCAUGCAGCUGAUGGAAAUGAAAUGCGUGGAUCUAAGCUGUAAUGAGCUGAAUGAGAUCACAUUACCAGAGAAUCUGCCUCCCAAGCUUCAGGAACUGGACCUGACUGGAAACCCACGCCUCAACCUGGACCACAAGACCCUCGAGCAACUCAAUAAUAUUCGCUGCUUUCGUAUUGAUCCGCCUCCAACCUUUUCAUCGAAUGAGGCAUCUGGUGGGCCUGCUGUGUGGAGUCAUGGUUACACGGAGGCCUCGGGCGUCAAGAACAAGCUGUGUGUUGCGGCCCUUUCAGUGAAUAGUUUCUGUGGGAGUCGUGAGGCUCUGUAUGGUGUGUUUGAUGGUGACCGGAAUGUGGAAGUGCCCUACCUUUUGCAAUGCACGAUGAAUGAUGUGCUGGCUGAAGAACUACACAAGACCAAGAGAGAAGAAGACUACAUGACCAACACCUUCCUCGUCAUGCAAAGGAAACUGGGAACUGCAGGUCAGAAACUGGGUGGCUCAGCAGCUCUGUGUCACAUCCGCCAUGACCCCACCGACCCCGGUGGCUGCUUCACCUUGACAGCUGCUAACGUGGGCAAGUGCCAGGCCAUCCUGUGCCGUGAUGGAAAGCCAUUGUCCCUGUCCUUGCUUCACAACGUAGGGCUCGAAGAGGAGUACCGCAGGAUCAGGCAGCAUAGGGCUAUCAUUACUGAGGAGAACAAAGUCAACGGUGUCACAGAUUCUACAAGAAUCAUGGGCUACUCCUUCCUUUACCCUUCUGUCAUCCCUUGUCCCUACGUGCACACAGUAACUCUCACACCACAGGAUGAGUUCUUCAUCCUGGGCAGCCGGGGCUUGUGGGACACUGUGUCUCCCACCGAGGCUGUUGAGGCUGUCCGAAAUGUCCCCGAUGGCCUGGCUGCAGCUAAGAAGUUAUGCACACUGGCACAGGGCUACGGUUGCACAGACAGCCUCAGUGCUGUUGUGGUCCAGCUCAGUGUGAGUGAAGAUUGCUGCUCUUGCUGCUGCUCUGAGCCUCCUCAGCCACCUCCUAGCCCUGGCUUGGGCCCCUAUCCCCCAUCAUCCUCUGCCAUCAAGGAGCGGCCCUCAGAUGGCUCCCUCCCUGUUCCCCCUUCUUCCUGUAGUGAAAUCAGCAGUGAGAUCAGCACCAGCGAGAUGAGCAGUGAGGUGGGAUCCACAGCCUCAUCUGAUGAGCCACCACAGAGCUCCUUGGUGCUGCUGCAUGAGCAGCCCCACCACCCUCACCUCCACCUGCACCAUCAGGCCCACCCGCUGUCCCUACAGCACCAGCAGGCCCAUACAACAACCCAACCAUGCCAGUAUUUGUUCCCUAGUUCAGAGCUGGCAUCUGCCCGCAGCUGCUGCGCCCUCCAUCCAGCCUGUCUAGCAGGAUCCUUCCAAAGGCAGCUGUCUAGUGCCACCUUCUCUAGCGCCCUGUCUGACAACGGGUUGGACAGCGAGGAUGAGGAGCCCAUUGCUGGUGUCUUCUCUAAUGGUAGCCGUGUGGAAGUAGAGGCAGAUGUUCACUGCCUCAAAUCAGAAUCCUCCUCUACCUCCUCACCCCAAACAUCUUUACCAUCAUCAUCUGGCCAGGAACGCACACUCCUUUCUCUUCCCCCACCCCCUCCGCCACCAUGCACCCCAGAGCCUCUGGAAGAAGGGGUCGACAUGAGCCUUGGGGAGGCUGAGAAUAUACUGGAUAGAGAUGAGUCGUGGCAAGGUGUUGGACUGGGAAGUGGGGAUGGGGGAAAAACAGUUAGUGGAAAAAGGAGGGCUAACGGGUCAGUUGCACGCCAGGAAAAGAGCCACAACCUUAUUGAGGUAGCUGCUGAUGCCCCCUCUAAAAAGUCUGGGGGUUAUUUCACAGCUCCAGCCCAGCCUGACCCAGAUGACCAGUUCAUCAUCCCCCCUGAACUGGAGGAGGAGGUGAAGGAAAUCAUGAAGCAACAUCAGCAGAAACAGCAAAAGCCGCCUGGGACCGAUCAUCCCACUGACUACUACGACACCCCUCUCUGAGCAGUAAAACCACCAACUACAGUCUCAUCUCUUUUCUGGCUGCAGCAUGCACAGAAACCAACCAUUGACCUAUUUUUCCCAUAUAUGGACACAUACAAAUGAGUUCCCUGGAGAGGCUGUGAAAUGCACAUGAAAAAGUUUCAUGCUACUUUUUCUAAACAGCCUUCCAGCUCGACACAGCCUCAUCAUUGCAGAACCAUGCACUGUAACCCGCUCCACCUGUUUUUUACAGAAGCGACCCAUAGAAAAAACAAGCAAACAAGCCCUUUAAUGAUACUCAACCCUCUUGAAUAUUUUGUGGACUCCUCUUGUCCCCGGUUGUGCCCUUCACACAGACUGUGGAACGUUGUUUUUACAUUAGACAACCAGCUCAGUAUGUAAUCAACACUAGUCUCUUUGCAAUAGCAUUAGCUCGCCACAACACUUGUUAAUAUGGAUAACAAUUCCAUGGUUUGUUUGUUCGUUUGUUUUGUAAGAACUCACCAUAUCUUUUAAUGUGAAAGCAGUUAAGUUGCUGAAAGAACUUUUUAAAGCAGAGAUACAUAAUCUUUUUACUAUCAGUGAACUAUGUCAAAUGGUACACCAGUAAUACCACAUGUAACUGUUGUAGAUAGUGCACUUAAAAUACUGUAUUUCUUCAGUAAAUCAUGGCUCUUGGCCUGUAAAAUGGCAUAGAAAUUUUUUGUAGAAAUUUUAAAUACUAACUCCUAGGAGUUGCAUACUCUUUAUGGUGACUCAGUCACUUUUACUAAUCUUCUCUGAGAGAAAUGGUGAUUUUUUUUCUCCAAUGAUUGUAAAUAAGAGAAAAGUUGUAUACUGAUGCUUUUAAAAGGAACUGCGUAACUUGUAUGUCGGUGAAGGUUUUAGUAGUGGAGAGGAUGUGGUUCACACAGAGUUUGCUGUUAUGGAGCACUUUAUCCCUUUCACAAUGUAGACCCACAAAUACAACACACACACACACAUACACAUACAGACACACAUACACACACACACACACACACACACACACACACACACACACACACACACUCUCACUCAUGCAAAUGUAAAUGUGCAAUUGCAGUUCAGAAACCCCAACAUUCCAUGCAAUAUAACUACACAAAAUUGCUAUGGUUUUCUCCACUUUGUUUGAUUGUGAUGUCCUGUAGUCAUCACUGUAUCUAAUGAACACUAGACAGAUUUUUGCAUGCAUACUGCAUGCAUACACACCCAUGCACACAGACACAUACAAACAAACAUGGACACUCACAGGAAAUAUUAGUCCCACAUCCCUCCUACAGUAACUGUUAUCACCGGCAUGACUGUGUCAAGUUCAGUAAUACAAACAAAUAUAUCCACAUGGAAAAGAGACACC